UAUCACAUUUUCUUCCCUUCUUGAUUUCAAUUACAGCCCCUAAAUACUUUAGGCUUCAGAAACAUGAAAUUCCCACAGUUUCUGCUUCUAUUUUUCUUAUUCCACUGCAUUCUUUACUUGGGUAUAACCCAGAUAGAAAAUUUUGAAGCAAGAGAAGAAAAGGAAGCCCUUCUGUACUUCAAAUCCCAACUGAGUGACCCACAAAAUGCACUCUCAGGCUGGACACACAACACUUCACAUUGCACCUGGAGUGGUGUCUUGUGCAGUAACAAUGGAUCCUUUGGAGUACAGUCUCUCCAGCUUGGCGGCCUUGGCCUUACCGGGCCCUUAUCGCCUCAGCUCGCUAACCUCACUCUCCUCCAGAAUCUCAACCUUUCCUUCAACUCGUUUUCUGGGAAAAUCCCCCUGGAGUUUGGCAGGCUCUCACUUCUCCAGCAUAUUGACCUCACCAAAAAUUCAAUCAGUGGCAAUAUUCCGGCCAUUUUAUCGGCUUGUCAUAACCUUACAACACUCAGGCUAGUAGCAAACAACCUCACAGGUAACCUUCCACCUGAACUUGGCAACUUACAAGCGCUCAGGAUACUUGAUGUUUCGGUCAAUAGCCUCACCAGCAAAAUCCCUUCUACAUUGGGGAACCUUUCCUCUCUUACUUUUCUUGCCCUUGCAAGAAACCAACUUGUUGGGGAAAUUCCAGCUGAAUUAGGAAACCUACCAAAUGAAAUGGGUGAAGCUUUCCCAAAUCUCAGACAACUUUUUCUAGCACAGAACAACUUCCAAGGAACCAUACCAGUUUCUAUAACAAAUUCUUCUAUAAUUGAAUUCCUUGAUUUAUCUAGAAACAAAUUUCAUGGGCCAAUUCCACUGUUUGGCAAUAUGAAAAAUCUCAUCAGGUUGGACGUUGGUCAAAAUAAUCUUGUUUCUUCUACUGCAAGGAAUCUUCAGCUGAUUGAUUCUCUAGCAAAUUGUACUCAGCUCGAGUAUCUGAUGAUUUACACCAACCAACUCUCCGGAGAAUUUCCAUCCUCAGUUGCAAAUCUUUCAGCCAAUCUUCAACAUUUUUGCUUUUCAGACAAUUUGUUAACCGGGAGCUUCCCUCAAGGUGUUGAAAAUUUUCAAAACCUCAUUUCUGUGUCUAUAGAGAAAAACUCUUUUACAGGUGAAAUCCCGAGGACCCUAGCAAAACUUAGAAAUCUGCAAAGUUUUGUAGCUUACCAAAAUAUGUUUUCUGGGAAUAUCCCAGAUUUCUUUGGCAAUUUUUCUCGACUUUCUGAUCUCCAGUUAGGAAUUAACCAGUUUUCUGGUGAAAUUCCUCGUAGUCUAGGGGACUGUCGACAGCUGAAUACCUUAAACCUAGCUGAGAACAGACUUACUGGAAUCAUACCAACAGAAAUAUUCAGGCUUUCCAGUUUGACCAACUUGUAUCUGGGACAAAACCUUCUAAGGGGUUUUGUCCCUAGUGAAGUAGGUAACUUGGAACAGCUUGAAUACUUUGAUGUUUCUGGUAAUCAUUUAUCUGGAAAUUUAACUUCAUCCAUUGGAGAUUGUUCAUCUCUAAGGAAGAAGAAAAACAAGGAGAACAAAGGCAAUACAACUUCUCCUUUGAAGGGUUUUCCUCCGAUGAUAUCUUACUCUGAUAUCCGCCAUGCUACAAGCAACUUUUCAGCUGAAAAUUUGAUUGGAAAAGGAGGUUUUGGUUCUGUUUACAAAGCUGUGCUUGAUAACACUACCUUAGCAGUGAAGGUACUUGACAUGCAAGCAAGCAGAGCUUUCAAAAGUUUUCUAACGGAAUGUGAAGCUUUGAGAAAUAUCAGACAUAGAAAUGUUGUCAAGAUCAUUACCUCAUGCUCAAGCAUCGACUACAAGGGAGACGAAUUCAAGGCACUGAUCAUGGAAUUCAUGCCCAAUGGAAACCUGGAUAGGUGGCUGUAUCCUGUGCCAGAAGAUGUGGAAUCAGGGUUAUGCUUGACCCUGCUGCAAAGACUGAAUAUUGCCAUAGAUAUUGCUUCUGCAAUGGACUAUCUUCACAAUGACUGCAAUCCACCAGUAGUACAUUGUGACUUGAAACCUGAAAACGUUCUUCUGGAUGAAGACAUGGCUGCUCAUGUUGGGGAUUUUGGAUUGGCAAGGUUUAUUUCCGAAAAUCUAUCACAGGGAAAAAGCAGCACAAUUGAACUGAAAGGUUCUAUUGGUUACAUUGCUCCAGAGUAUGGUCUAGGAGGCAAAGCAUCAAGGAGUGGAGAUGCGUAUAGUUUUGGGAUCCUUUUGCUUGAGAUAUUCAUUGCAAAGAAACCAACAGAUGCGAUGUUCAAAGAAGGAUCAAGCCUCAACGAAUUUGCAUCGGCAAUGACCAUUGAUGACCAAGCUUUGAACCACAUUAUUGAUCCCAGGCUGUUCAAGAAUAUUAACGAUGGAACUCCAAUGCAAAGCUUGAGCAUUACUUCCUCUAGCAGCAGCAGCAGCAAUCGCACCAACCGCAGUUUUAGGAUGGAAAAUUAUGAAGAGUGUUUAGGAGCAGUAAUAAGAGUUGGUUUGGCUUGUGCAGCUCAAAAUGCAAGAGAUCGUUUAUCAAUCAGAGAGGCCCUGGCAAAGUUACUACAGAUUAAGAAAUCUUUGCUCCGCUCUUGAAAAUGGGCACGCGGCAAUGGUAUGUGCAGUCGCAGUUGUCCAAUCACGGUCAUGGGUAGUUUAAACUACACUAAUCUAUAUUUCUAUCAAGUUAUAUCAUGAUGUAAUGUUAUUUAAUAUCUAGGGGAAAUUAUAUUAGGCUUAGUUUUCUAUUUCUAUUAGGAUUUGAUUAGUUUUCUGUUUCGUUUAAGAUAAAUUAUCAUGCAUUAAGUGUGAUUUUAGGAAUGACUACACAAGAAUAAUAAAUGUUUAAAAGGCAU